CCUCAACAUCAAGCACGAGCACGGAAGCGACGAGUUCAUCAACAACCAGAGCUGGGGAUUCUUCAGCGCCGCCGCGAUCGAACACGCCUGCCGGGUGAUUCCCGAUUUGAGCGGAGAUGAAGCUUCCAUCGGUGGGACCGCGACCGGCGGCAAGCGCGGAACGAAAGGCGGCAGGAAGGGCCAGAACAACAACGGCGAGGACGACGACGACGAUGCGGAAGGCGGCGAGGACGACGACGGAACCUGACGCUCGCCGCGGGCGUUACCGCUCGCAACCGCAGAGACUCCCGGAGGCCGGUGGGAAUCCCCUGGCCAGGGCCGCCGGUCGCCUCUUCUCGGGCAGCCCGCUGGAGGCCGGUGAGGGAAGACCGGACUCGGUACCGGCUUCCGAGCCGACCCUUUCCCCCGCGGCGCUCUUUGGGCCCUCGGAGCCCUUUCUGCGGACCCUCCCCGGGGGCCUCCGGACGUGCUACCGGCCCCUCCCGUUGUGGGCCAGGGCCCUGACCCUGCUGGUCCCGGCCUGGGGGGCGAUUUCCCGCGCGGCUCUUGCCCCCGGGAGCUUCCCCGGCCCUCUCUUUGGGUGGAUCCGAGGGGCGGCGGCCUUUCUGGUCCGAUCGCUGCUGUGGGUGGCCUUUGCCCGGGUGGCCCUCCAGGAAACGAUCUUUCGGGGCAAGGUGGCUCCCUCGCGGGUGACAACCGGACACCUCCGGGAGAACGGCUGGCUCCCGACCACCCUCUCCCGGUACGAGCCGGUGGAGGUCGAUCCACCUUCCGGAAGCGCUGGAAGCAGCGGGCCACGGGUCCCGCUGGGGGUCCACUACCUCCGCUACUCCAACAGCGGCAUCGACAAGGCCGACAACCGCGAAAAGGAAAGCACCGGAAGGCCACCGCUCCGGUUCGGGGCCAUGUACUUCCAGCACGGAUUCGGGGCUUCCUCCCUCUCGUGGCUCCCGGUCCUGCCCUCCCUCUCGGACCGGCUCGGAGCGAGGGUGGCCCUCGGCCACGACGCCGUCGGCUUUGGCUUUACCGACCGGCCGAAAGAUCCCUUUUGGUACACGGCCGGGCAGUCCUCCAGGAUCGCCCGCGCCGUCCUGGCAAAGGAGACGCAAGGAACCGUUGAACCGAAAGAGCCGGUCUGCCUGGUGGGCCACUCCAUGGGCUCCCUCUCCGUCCUGCGGCUGGCCCUCCUCCUCCCGGAGGAGACCCCCAAGCUCGUGGUCCUGUCCUCCCCGGCACUGGGGCUGCUGAAGCGAAGGGCCGAGCCCAAGACACCACCGGCCGCCCGGUCGAUCCUCCGGGCGAUCGGGGCCGGCCUGGCCAAGAAAAUGCUCCUCCCCCCUUCCCGCUACCUGCUCCGCCGGGCCAUUGGCGCCGAGGGGGCCUGGAAGAAGGGCCUGGAGGCGGCCUGGGGGGACCCGAGCGCCCUGAAGGAGGACAGCGACGUUCUCCGGUACUCGUGGCCCUCGAUCGGGGCCGGCUGGGAGGACGGGAUCCUCCGGUUCGUCCGGGCCCAGGCCCUCCCGGCGGAGGACGACCUGGAAGACGACGCCGUAUUGCUGGAAAAGGUCUUGGAGCUCCCCUCCACCCGCGUGCUGGUGGUCCUGGGGGAAAGGGACCGGGUGGUCCAAGGGUCCGCGCUGCGGGCCUUUCUGGAAUCGGUGGAAAAGGCGCCAAGGGCGCAGGCCCGGUUUUCGCCGGUGGUGGUGGAACUGGACCGCCUGGGCCACAACGCCUUUGAGGAAGACCGGGAGGUCUUUUGCGACCUCCUGGAGCGGCUGGUGGAAGACCACUGGGACGGUGUGGUUGCGGACGACGACUAGCGACGGAUGGCAAGAUGGAAUCGAAUCGAAUCCGAUCCAUACGAUCCGAGGCCGGGUUGCAACCCAAUACUGCUACCCCGCUGCGAGUAAGAGUAGAACUGUAGUACGUGCCCAGUACUUCUAAAUAGAACGUAGGAAUUCAGUUCACAAACAAACACCCAACAAUCGAGCCUUUCUUUGGGGUGCUAGAUAUUGUAUGGUGCUUCUUCACUUCAGAUUGUUUGCUUCCGAUUCUUUAUAAUUACUACAGUAAUACAUUACACAACCUCCUAUCAGAUGGGAUUGCUCAGAUAUCUUUCUGGCAUCAAAAUAAUAGGCGAGAUAAGUACAACCCCAUUCAACAGAUUGAAAUGCGAACGAAAUGGAGAGAGAUAAUACCAAAAGAACAGAGAAAAGAUAUUUUCCCUGUGCCCAUAGAAGAAAUCCCGAUGACACAUCAAGAAGAAUCGAAAGCCGAGAGACAAGCGAGACGCUAAGAAGAGGAAGUCAGCUGGCGACACAGCACUUAUUCCAGCCACUCCGUCAAUUUCAGUAGUAUCCCUGGAUUAUCGAGUCGGUUCAGUAGUAUCAUCAAGUUUGUUCGAGCUGAAGAAGUGUCUCAUCAUUUGUUUCCGCUGCUGUCGCCUCUUCUGGAACUGCUGUGGCAAUCGGGGCUGUCCCUGUUUGAAUAGUAUAUCUUUUUUCUUUUAUCAAUGAUGUUUUCCUCAUUUGUUCCAGGAAAAUUAUCAAAAAGUGAUAUUUUCUAGGGUUGUAGCCUUUCUCUCGAAACUCGGAUGGGCGACGGACGUCGUACCGGUAUAUCUGUAAGUGACCCCUAUAGUACGACGAGUACGUGCCGUACGGUGAAACGUCCAAUGAUCAUUAUAUUGGGUAUGUACAUACCUAUCAUAUAUAUUAUCAUACAUGAUUUGGUCGCGCAGGACCUUUGUUCGUGUGGUUUCGACGAUUUUCGGCUCGAAGCACAUGCAACUCCCGCACAACAUACGAUACUCACACGAAAAUCGUAUUCGUAGUUUUGUCGGACUCUUUCUUGAUCGUACGAGUGCCGUACGUACGAUAGAUUAAAUACGGGAUUACCAUUACGUAGUUUGAUGAACAAGAAUCUACGGAACGAGUACGGAGCGAACCAUACGGCAGGCACCGUGGUAGGUACGACGAUGUUAUGCCGUACGUAGAGCACGUUACGAUUGCGCUACGAUGCCUGUGUCACGAUCGAGAAACAUUCUUCGGUUAGUUCGCUUCCUUCGGUCACUCCCUUCCAUAAUCUCAUCACAAGAGGACGUGUGCCGCUUGACCACAACACAACACAACCCAUCCAUUUCGAUACACCCUACACCACAACCCACAACCACCAUGUCCGAUCAAUCACAAACCGCAACAAACAAGCAAACAGAACCAAGCCGGUGCGCAAAGGGAUGUGGAUUUUUUGUAAGUGAACACAAGUCGUCUUCUCCGAGAGGGAUGGAAAAGAAAACGGCUCCCGCCGCGUAGGAAACAAGGAGCGGCGAGGCACACCCCUUCCGAUUCAAGGCCCGUCGUUCGCGGGCUGGCGAUUGCCACUCCAUGGGAAAUCGUUUCCCUGGCGUUCCGGAAUAGAGGGCUUGCGACCGGACCAUUUCGCUGCGUAGGCUACGGGAGUCAAUCGCCGUCGAUGGGAGGCGACGGCCAACGGUUAAGAACGAUACCCCAGUAUACGGACUAUUGCGUAGAAGUACUACUGCAUCCUACAUACAGUACGAGUCACUCUGCACAGGGGUUUCGAGCGUUAGUUGGCGAUUGAGAAUGUUGGUUUCCGCCACGCGCGCUCAUCGCGCGCUGAUGACAUCUUUCUCGCCAGAAGUGUGAAACGAAACACAUACCGAAAACGAUGCCAGCACGCAAAACGCGGUCCCGUGCCUCUCCGUUCGUCGUUUCGUUGGGUUGGAAGCGAUGCGAGACCGAUGCCUUGACCCUUUCGCUUUGUACUCACGCCUGGUUGUUCUCGAAAUUCGCUCCGUGUCGUUUCCUUUCCUUUCCUUUCCUUUCCUUUCCUUUCCUUUCCUUUCCUCUCCUUUCCUUCCGAUCCGACCCACCGCAGGGCAAUCCCGCCACCGGUGGCUGCUGUUCGAA